AUGCCUCAAAACGAGUAUAUUGAGGAACAUAUAAAGCGGCAUGGAAGACGGUUAGAUUACUUCGAAAAAAAACGCAAGCGUGAGGCUCGUUCAGCUCACCGCUCAUCGGCCGUCGCCCAAAAAGCCUUCGGUAUUAAGGCUAAACUUCUUCACGCGAAACGACAUGCAGAAAAAGUUCAGCUCAAGAAAACUCUCAAAGCCCAUGACGAGCGAAAUGUCAAACAGGCGGACUCGUCCACUGUUCCCGACGGUGCAUUGCCCACCUAUCUGCUCGAUCGUGAAGGUCAAAAAGAUGCAAAGGCGUUGUCGAGCGCCAUUAAGCAGAAGCGGAAAGACAAAGCGGCCAAGUAUGCUGUUCCCCUACCGAAGGUUCGCGGGAUAGCAGAGGACGAGAUGUUCAAAGUCAUGAAGACAGGGAAAAGCAAGAGUAAAUCAUGGAAGCGGAUGGUCACAAAAGCAACAUUUGUCGGGGAGGGAUUCACAAGGAAACCGCCAAAAAUGGAGAGGUUUGUGAGGCCCAUGGCGUUACGAUACAAAAAGGCAAACGUCACACAUCCCGACCUAAAGGCCACCUUUCAACUUCAGAUUCUCGGUGUCAAAAAGAAUCCCCAAUCGCCCAUGUACACACAACUUGGCGUCAUGACAAAAGGAACUGUUAUAGAAGUGAACGUCUCUGAGCUAGGCAUGGUGACCACAGGGGGAAAAGUUGUUUUUGGUAAAUACGCGCAGAUUACCAACAACCCCGAGAACGAUGGUUGCAUCAACGCUGUUCUCCUUGUUUAA